AAGUGGAAAAAGUGGAAGAAGUAGAAGAAGUGGAAGAAGUAGAAGAGGCAGAAGACGUGGAAGACGUGGAAUGAAGAGUUGAGACUUUUGGAGGAAAUAGAGAUUUUUUUUGGGGCGAUAUUUACGGAAAAUUUGUUGGGGCAUUGGGAAUUAUUUCUGGAUGAAUCUGAUGCGAUUGGAGUGGAAAAAAUUAUAAACCGGUGAGUCUCGGAUUUAUUUUCAUCCAGGAGACGCACUCUCUUGUGGCCUUCCAUAGUAACACGAGUUUGUGACACGCAAACGCACUGGACCCUAGUUGCGUGAUUGCAAAGUUGCGUGUCACCAUCGACUUAUUUUUCACGAGUUUCGAGUGCUCUCGGGAAUAACGCGAAUUAUCGAGACGAGAUAUCGCUCUGGAGUACCUUGUCGACGGAUAUUUUUAUUGACUCUCGAUCAAAUUUUGAUUGGACUUUGGUGUAUGGAGUAAUUGAUUUCUGGAGAGUGUAAUUAGAGUUUACGGUUGGAUUCAGAGUUUUAGGCUGUAAGAUGAUGGAGACACAGAAUUAUUGGGAUGAGAACUCGGCGCACUCCAUGCAGGUCAAGUAUGAAAGUUUGGAUGGGAGAUCUUGCAAGGAUGAGAUUUACAGGAUGGGCAUUGGUGCUGGGUACUGUGAGGGAAACCUCAAUUUCGCCACAGCCUCUGAGGAUGACGAGGUCUACACCAAGAAAAAAGUGUCAAGGCAAGACCCAAUGUCCCACAGAAUAAUCGAAAAAAGGAGAAGAGAUCGUAUGAACAAUUGCCUAGCUGACCUGAGUCGAUUGAUUCCAGCAGAAUACUUAAAAAAAGGUCGUGGACGUGUGGAGAAGACAGAAAUAAUCGAGAUGGCGAUUCGUCACAUGAAAUAUCUCCAAGGGUCUCGUCAAGACACUAAACCACCAGCAGCAGCUGCAGUUCAUCAUCCUGAAGACAGUGUCGACAGUGUGUCCCACUCUCCAAGUGGUUCACCAGCUGCCGAACACUACAGAUUAGGUUUCCAGGAGUGUCUCAGUGAGACAAUGCAUUUCCUGGUGGAAGUCGAGGGUUUUUUUGCGAGAGAUUCACUUUGUGUUCAGUUAAUCAGUCAUCUCCAGCAGCAUUGCGAAAAAAUCCUAGCUACAAGUGACAGACUGGGGUUCCCACAUCCGGAGCCCCCCCAGGGUUCAGCGGUUCCACAAUUCAGUCACACGAGCAUCUCGAAUAUCUGUCCACCAGCGAUGCAUUCAGAUCAGGGGUCAAGCUCAGGAGUGAGUUCCUUCGAGGACCCUGAGCGCCCCAGGCCAAUCAUUCCACCACCAACAGUUGUUUCAGAUGACAGCAAUCAAAGUCACACUGACAGUCAGUCCCACAGUCCCCCAUCAAUGUCCCACCAGAGGCCCACGAAUUACAAAUUCAAGAGUUCAAUAAAGCAGAGAUUUUCAGCAGAAAGAGUUAAAUCGAGUCCUCCACCAUCGGAUAAGCCCCACGGAGUUCCAGUGUUUGCACUUCACGAUGGUGGAAAUUUUUAUGUUCCCUUGACUGUUGAAUCGUCAGUUCUCAGGCCACAGCUGAGUUUUGUGCCUGACACUGGGCCUGAAACCGUCCUCCAUCCCAUCACCAUUUCUGUGAAUUUCAAUCAGGCUCAGAUGACACCCUGGGGCCAGGACCAAAGUCCUCAUCACGAGCACACGUAGACCUGGUGGUAGAUUCUUGGGGGAGACGUUCAAUAUUUUUAUUUCUGGUGGAAAUAUCUUCGUGAGUGCAAACUGGAGAUCAAUUCAGUGGAAUAUCGCAUUUACAGGUGAUCACUGGCGUUCGUAUCAAAUUUUGUGCCAUUUAUGAGCGGUCAUCGUCAUUUAAUUCUCACUAUUGUUGUCUUCUUCUUUUUUUAUACGUAAAAAAACCAAAAUAUAAAAAUCUUAAGGAAAAUCCGCUUUCUCGAAUAAAUUUUAUCGAAUUUGUUGAUUUAAUGAAUAGGUUGAGAAAUAUCUUUGAAUCUGAGAGAGAUACUGAGUUGUUUGCAAAAAUCUUUCGUGUAUACCGGAUUGAGCUUCUUUAGCUCUGACGAUAUUCAAGACUUUUUUCUCAGAUUUUCUCAUGAGGAAGAAUAAUAAUCUGUCGGCCUGAAAAAACGUAUUGAUUUUUUAGAUAAAAAUUCUAAUAACAGAACUUCAAUAAAAAUUCAAUACAAUUUCUUCAAAAAAGCCUCAAAUUUCUCAAUUAAUAUUUCAUGUGCGUUUCCAUAAUUUUUAUUGCGAGUUUGCAAGUUGGGAGUGACUACUGAUCGGCAUUGUGCACCAAUCAGUAUUAAAACUGUUAUUAUGAUAUUCUUUUGAUACAAUAUCCACCGACACUGAACUGCUGCUUGUGAUUCAAUCAAUCUAGAUUUUUUACUGUACAGAAAAUUGGAGCAAUUAAAUGAAUACUCAUCUAGUAUGAAAUGUUUGUUUAACUGACUCGUCCAUUUUGGAUACUAAUGAUUUUUUCUCGAAUAACAAUGUUGUGAUCUUAUUUUCUCUGAUCGAUUGGAAUGAUGGUGUAAUGAAUCCGCUCAAAUAAUGUGCAAACAUUAAUAUUUCGAGAGGCUGUCAUGUGACAGUUGCCAAUGCCUGCAUUAACUGAUGAUUCAGAGGUCUAAUUGACGCCCAUUUUAAAUGCAAUAUAUUACUGGGAGGCCCUCAGCGAUUAAAGACUGACCGAGACCUGCAUUACAUUAAAUCAUGAUGAUAAAUAUGAAUCAAGUACUGUUAAGUUCUUAUUUCGAAUUGAAUAUAUUUGUACAUAAAGCAAUGUUGAUUAUGAGUUGAUUAUGAGUUUAUGAUUAAUAAAUUAUAUUUACCACGA